AUGGUCGUAGUGAUGGCCACCAAUGGUACUCACCCUCAUCAGCAGCAUACCAUGGCUGGCAACCCCCCCGAUUACGAAGAGAAUGGGCGCUUGUAUCACGGCUACCGAAAGGGCAUUUACAUGUUCCCAUGCGACGAGGAAGAGAAGGAUCGCAUGGAUAUCUUCCACCAGUUCUUCCUUGUAGCACGAGGCGAGCACUCCUCUGCACCAUACGACAAGAACUACGAUGGGCACAGGAUACUGGAUUUGGGCACUGGGACUGGGAUAUGGGCGAUUGACAUGGCUGACAAGUAUCCCAGCGCUGAGGUUAUGGGAAUUGACAUUUCACUGAUACAGCCGCAAACCAUUCCCCCAAAUCUUCAGUUUAGGAGACGCGAUUUCGAAGCAACCUGGCAAGGCCUUCCUAUGGAUUCGUGGGACUUGAUACAUCUGCGGAUGCUGGCAGGUUCGAUAUCCAGUUACCAGGAACUAUACGCAAAUAUCUUUCGGCAUCUCAAGCCCCAAUUCGGCUAUUUAGAGCAUAUCGAGAUCGACUUGAGUCCUAGAUGCGACAACGGCAGCCUUCCCCGCAAUGCCGCGUUAUAUGAGUGGGCGAACAACCUCAUGAGUGCGACUGAGCAGGCCUACAAGCCGAUGGCUUACAAUACCGAAACUGGAUCAAUGCUCCAGAAUACGGGAUUUGUUGGAAUCAAAGAACAAAUCAUCAAGAUACCUUUCAACCCCUGGCCACAUGAUGCAUACCAGAAGGAUAUCGGCAGGUGGUUCAACCUGGGCUUGUGUCAAGGGCUUGAAGCAUUGACUCUGGGUCCUAUGACUAGAAUCCUUAAUUGGGAUCGGGGCCGCGUUGCAAGAUUGGUUGCGGACGUGAAGAGGGAGAUCUGCACGAAGAGGCAUGAGGUCUACUGCGAAAUGCACAUAUGGACAGCGCGCCGUCCCGCUUGA